AUGGCUGCACAUAAUGUAUUAAUAGAACUAAAUCUCGCUUGCCACGAAGAGGAUUGUGUUAAAGUGUCUGAAAGCUUGGCACUACAAGAAGCAAACAACAUACAGAUAGAUAGUGUACACAAUUCGUUUUCUGUAAUAGAUUCUAUUAACACAGAUGAAAUAUUGAAAACUGCCAAGGCAAUAUCGAGCAAAAAAAAGAGCAUGGCCAUUGCUGUUGUAGGGGACAUCGCAGCAGUUCCUCAUGACAGAGAGCUAUUAGGAGAUAUGUAG